AUGACAAAAAUCACUAAACAAACAAAACAACCGAUUUUUUCGCCGAGAAAAAGGUCGGAAAAAGGGGGCGGGGUGGUCUCUGUCUCCACAGAGAGAGGGGAGUCUAAGGAGAAGAAAAGAAGCUCCGCCCACUUUCGGAGAAGAAGAAGAAGGAAAACAUAUGCCCCGAACUGUUCAAUUGAAUCCACUUAG